AUGAUCGCCAAACGGAAAAAUACGCGGGGGCGUGGGGGAGGCUGUUCAAGUUAUCAAGGCAGACGUCAAGACCGGGAUGAUGAGGACCAAGAUGGAAGUCAAAGCCGAGAUGGUCAAGAUCAUGGGUCAAAGCAGACGAGUCAAAGAAGAACCAAUGAUCGCCAAACGGGAAGGAAAGAUAGAUCACAGGUUCAGUGUUACCGUUGUGAUAAAUUUGGUCACUUCGCAUCAGGAUGUCCGGAUCGUAUGAAGAAACAAGAUGAAGCUAACUUAAUUAAAUCCGAUGAUUUUGAUCCAUCAUUAUUCAUGAUGAGAUGUGAUCAAGAGACGGUUUUUCUAAAUGAAGAAUGGGUGAUUCCAAAGCGUUUCGAGACUAAACCAAUGGAGAAAGACACUUGGUAUCUCAACAACGGAGCAUCGAAUCACAUGACGGGUAAUCGAGCUUAUUUCUUUGAACUUAAUGAGCGUGUUACGGGAAAGGUGAAGUUCGGAGAUGGAUCUUGUAUCGACAUACGGGGAAAGGGAUCGGUAUUACUUGAAGGGAAAACGGGGAAGAAGCGUCUGUUGACCGAUGUUUACUGCAUACCGAGUUUGCAAAGCAAUAUCAUAAGUCUUGGUCAAGCAACGGAAGGUGGAUGCGACAUUCACAUGAAACGUGAUUUGCUAACCAUUCAUGAUGAUACAGGAAAGCUUAUGAUGAAGGUGACAAGGACCGAGAACCGUCUAUACAAGAUCAACCUCAAGGUAGCAAGUCCCGGUACACAAGAUAACAUGACUGGAAUAAAGAAUUUUGCGGGUAGGGAUCUACAAAGAGGUGAAUUGGAAGACGAUACGGCAAGUACGAGUCAGAAUCUUCUCAAAGAUCCAAGUUUAAUAAAGAAGCCCAAAAUUCAAAGUCCAAAAAAAAUGUUCAUGAAUUCAAAGAAAAGGUUAAGCAAGGGAUUCAAACCCAAGGAGGUACAUUUAAUGAUCCAAGAAAGUGAGUGUUUGCUCAAGAUCGCGGCCGAGUCAAUGGUGGUGCGAGUUCUUUUGACCAAAGGACGGGUCAUGGAGAAAGGACUAGUCGAGUACAAGGUCGCAAGAAUGUUCGAGCUAGGAAGGAGCCGAAAAACACAGUUAGAGAUCAAGAUGUGUUCUAUGAGAAUCAAGACAAAGAAGACAUGUUAG